UGGUGUCGCCGCGGACAGUUAAAGUUAAACGUUCAGUACUUACCGUACUCUGUGAUUCGGCAAAGACGUUAUAUUAGAGUAGUGUUCCAAAUCAGACAAGUGCGGAGCACGCGAAAACUUCCGAGAAUCGUUUGCUUCAGAAAGCUCGGCGAAAAGAGCGAUCAGCUAGCGGAAGCAAAACACAAAUCGUUGUCGAGCUUGCAGUUUUCCAUUUUCAAUUACCCAUUUUCAAUUACGUUCACUUCUGUUCUGGCCACGAAAUAUUUUUGUGUUGUAUUCGGUUCAUUCGGUUUUAUAAUUUUUUUGAGUUGCAUUUUCCACAAGUGUUGAAGACAGGCCAACGAGCUGAUAAAACAAGAUGUAAAAGUAGAGCCAUUAGCCACUAGCCACUAGCCAAAACCCAUCGACAAUUUUCGCGUGGUCGCAGCCAGUCUGUGAGCCGCCACAGAGCGGUGCUAAUCAUCGCUAAACAAACGCUGAAAAGCUUUGGCCGUUCUCCAUCGCCUGGUCAUGCCUCAUCACCAUCAAACGAACAGCCACAACCAUUUGACAUUUUUAAAAUCAAAUUACAAAUUCAAACGCAGAGAAAUGCCGACGAUCCGCGCACUUCCUGUGGCAUCAGCGGAAGCGCGUACACCACCGAACCAAUUAGCGGCAACAAUGUCAAAGACGUCAGCAGCAUCAGAAUCGGCCGCAACGGCAGUGGCAUCGACAUCGACGACAACUACUAGCCACAAAAGUAGAUCAAUUCUAAGUUUAUUUAUAGUAAUCGCAUGGAACUCUCUGCAAGAAUUGGCCAGUGACGGGAAAGACGAUGGCUGUGUCAGGGCUGCUGGCGACCAUGGCCGUGACGUCAAUGCGGACCGAGUGAGACAUAGACGCACGCCCGGUACUCGCGAUCCAAGUGACGAGGUGUCAAUGGCACGUGAACACCAUAAGCAGCAAGGCAAACAGAAGCCCCUAUCUGGUUCUAGUCCACAUCGGAGGAGGAGCCGCCUGCGAGCCACUUCUCAAGCGGUGUCGAUGGCUCUGUUUGCUUUAGGAUUGCUGCUACUGAAUAUGCGGCCGGCGGCGGCCGGCACCUGCUGGCAGACCCACCUGGGCAGCGGCAAGUGCAGCCAGAUAUUCUCCACGAACAUCACCAAGUCGGAAUGCUGUGGCGCCAGCCAGACCUUCUCCUACACCGAUCGCGAGCUGAGCAGCGUGGAGUACUUCUUUGCGACGGCCAUCGGAGGCGGCGUCGAGUGCGCUCCGUGCAUUGAGAACUGUAAGGGUUUCAAAUGUGGGCCAAACAAAAAGUGCGUCAAGCGCAAGGGAAGGCCCAAGUGCGUCUGUGCCCCCGAGUGCGGGGCAGCGCUGCGUCGAAGACAACACCAGAAGCUAUGGAAGAUGUCGCCGACAGUGGCAGUGACAGUACCACCACCGCGCGGCUCACGUAGUCUAAGUGGCGAAAUUUUCAACAACAACCCCAUCGCUGACAACCAAAGAAAGCAUCAACAGCGCCAGCGCCAGCACGAACACGAACAAGAACAAACCCAAGAAAUGCAACAGAUGCUACGGCGCCAGAGUCACAAAAAGGCGCAGGGCGAGACGAAGUACAGAAGACUUUUGAUUAUAGACAGCAGCAGCAGCAACAGCAACAGCAAUUCGCAAGAGCUGCCCACGGCCAGGCGGAGCGGCGGCAGAGUGGAAAUGACGGGCUAUGAGAGGCGCAGACACAGAAAUAACCAAGGCAAACACUUUACAAGAUCAAUGACGACAGGAGCCAAUGACUCGUCCAAAGCAGACAAGACGCCUGCACAAGCGGCGCUCUCUGUCUCUGUCUCAGUCUCGACUCCAGCUCCAGCUCCGGCUUCGGCUUCGGCUCAGUCUAGACACAAGUUUGCAAAUGCUAAUGAACCCGCCAACGACAGUAAUAGACAGUACCAGAAGCUAGACAAUGCCCCGUUCAGACACCAGAAAGCCACUACCAGAACCAGACGCAUUGAGCAUGCCCCAAAUCAUGACAAUGGGCAGCGGGAGCCGCGCAGGCACAGGCGGCCCAAACACAGGCCCGGCAAGGAUCAUGAACAGCACGAACAGCGCUUUGGAACGGCAGUUAACCCGGCAGAAGUGGCUGAGACAGAAGCAGAAGCUGAUACGAGCACCGCAGCAGCAUCUACGCUGGCAGCGAAUACCACAAUGUCUGGGGCACAUGCGCAGCGUCGUCUGUACCUGGAUGAACACGGAAGUGAAAUGACUGCGUCAUCGGCAGCGGCUGCGGCAGCGACUGCGGUUGCGGACGGCCAUAGCAUCAGCAUCAGCCAUGGCCACUUGGCUAAUGCCGGUGACUUGGCUUUUCUGGGUGGAAUUUAUGAGCCUGUGCUGAUGCAGCAGCACCAGCAGCAGCACAAGAAUCCGGUUUGCGGCACCGACGGACGCACCUACAACACCGAAUGCCAGCUGCGCAAGCGCGCCUGCCGCACAAGCAACGCCCAACUGGAGGUCGCCUAUCGGGGGCACUGCAAGAGUAGCUGUAGAGGCGUCCAGUGCUUGAAUGGCCUAACCUGCGUAGAGGAUCAGUACCUGACCCCGCACUGCAUUCCCUGCAAAAUCGAGUGUCCCCGGGAAGAGGAGGAGGAGCAGCAGCAGGCAGUGUGCGGUGUCGACGGCAAGACAUACAGGAGCCUUUGUGAUAUAAAUCGAAUGAUUUGCAAAACUGGACGUUCCAUCGCCGUGGCAUAUUCGGGACCCUGUCGUGCGGACCGCGUGAGCUGCGCUGACAUCAUAUGUGGCCCGAAGGAUACUUGCUUGGUGGAUCUGGAGACGCGUCUGCCGCGCUGCGUGUCCUGUCGGUACAAUUGCCCGAAGCAGCGACUGGUGCACAAAAUAUGCGGAUUCAACAACCACACAUACAGUUCAUGGUGCGAGGUAUAUCAGCACUCCUGCAGCACCGGGUUCUUCAUAGGUGUCAAGGCCGCGGGGAGCUGUUAGAGAGAAGCUGCUGCGAAGCAUCUACGUAUUAAUAUCAUUAGCAAAUGACAUAGAAGGCGUUAUGGGGGGAGGUAGCUGUCGCGCAUUUCUGCGCUGUGUACUCCCACAGUUCCAGCAUCCAAAGAUUCUCGUUGAGCGUUUCGUGUUGUAAGCGGUGGAUGGCCUAAGGUGGUUGGCAAACCGUCCAAACUGUCCACUAAAUAAUAUCGAACACACUUUCAUAUGGCAAAGUAUUAUCAACCAUACGACAUUACGUAUUGCAAGCUCUCUUAUCCGACAUAUGUAUGUAUAUUGCAAGAGAAACCACAUAUCUUAAGAGGCUUUUGUAUUUAACAUUAACAUAGGCUACUUCAUAAUUAAUUUAAACGAUUGAUUUUCGUGCGCA